AACACAAUCGAUGGGUUGGGGAGGUGCUUCUAAGAACACCAGAACCAGAUGGCGGCCCAGGUAUAGGUUUGGAAGACCAAACUCUUUUCGUUACCAAGGUCCUUUUAGAAGCUUUUCCGGCGUUUCAAUUUCAAUUGAAAGCAAGGUAUUUGAAUUCCAGGCCUUAGACAACCUUAUAAUUUCCGAAUCCAAGAAUGGUAUGUCUAGAUUUCUUUCUGUCUCGCGUUCUACUGCUCUUUGGCUUUCGGAGUCCCUAAGCCACCCACCUUUGGCUAGAGAAGGUUGGGUAAUUUCGAAAUUUGAAGGGCUUGUUAAGACAAAGUCCCACUGGGACUCAAACCAUUUUGGAUCUUUCGUUAGAAUUAGCGCGGGAACCGAAGGAGAGAGAGCUAAUAUUUGCAUCCCAGUUGGACGGCAAUCUGAAGGCAUUAGGCUUUUCGUAAAAGCACUGAAUGAAACUUUAAAAAUACUAGAAGGGAAUGAAUAUGCUGUAAAGGUUCCCAGGAAAGAAGAAGCUUCAGAUUCCCUAGAUUUGAUAGACCAGAUGUUCCAGGUGGAGAGGAUUGAGGAUGAGCAGCGGUUCGCUUCCAUAUCCUCAAAUCUACUGGUAGAAGAUGUUACGCAGCGUUCUACGGUGCCUAAACACACAGAACAGGGGAAAAAAGCUGAUCCAGAAGAGAUUAAGGAAGAUGAAGAUGAAGAAAAGAAACUCCAAAAGUUAUUUCAACCAGCUUUUGAGGCCUAUUUUGAAACACUCUUCAAGACAGUGAAGACGCAGAUUCUAGAGGCUUUGGCGAGGACAUCACUACUCGAUCAACUCAAAAUGGGACUUUUUCAAAAUAUGUCGGGGAAGACAAUUAGAGCAACUCGAGAGACGGUGAAAAGCAUGGAAAAAGUGACCCUUGUUCAAUUUGAAGAUUCUAAAUACCCAGCUUUCAUUUCUUGUUCCAAAGCUGAUGAAAGGCUUGUGGCAGAUUUUCUAACGGGGGAGUCGGCUGAAGAGUCACAUACUUCAAUUGGUUAACGUUUCAAACCUAUUGUCUAAUUACUUUUAUGCUUUCAAGGGGAAAGGAAAAAGGAAGUACUUGGUAUUCGCUUUAUUGUUUUCUGUCUUAAGUAAAUUAGGGGAGGAUCCAAUGAAGCUGGGUUACUCUU